AUAUACAACUGCAACGGAUUGCAUUAGGAGAACUAACAAUUGAGUAGCUCAACAUUUAUAGCAAAACAAUACGAAACCUAGAAUAAUAUAGCGACUACUAUACAAAAUCGGAGACCACGAACAAAUGAGGGAGAAAAGGCAAAAAGGAACAUUAACAGCGGAAUAAAGUUAUGAAAAUUGGAUGAAUGAAGCAUGAAGCAAGCCCAGAAACGAGAAAAAAGUUGUGGUAUAAACUUUUAUUGUAGGAAAACGCAUAAAAAUAAUAGAAAAACGCUCUUCGGGUUGUAAAGAAAAUAAGAAGACAAAAGAAAGACAUGAAAACGUUGCAAACAAUAAAGCAUAUACUUGCCAUAUUGAUAUAAAGGGAAAUCGUGAAAAGGCGGUGGAAAUUUCGAAAGAUUAGUAGGUAUUAAGGGCAGCCCAGGCACACAGCUAAAAAGGGAACUAAAAAACCCCGCACAGAACAAUGAAAGCUGCAGCAGCUGGAUAAGGCCGACAAAACCGAAAAUUAUAUUAUUGUAAUCUAGUAGAGAGCAGACAACAUAUCCGCUGGCAACAACCAACACCGAAAGAGACUAUGAAAAAUGCACAACUGAAACUGACUGAAGUUGACGAUGAUGAGCUGUGGCUGGCAGUAAGAUUAGCGCACUGCAGCAGCAGCAUCAGCAGCAGUAGCAGCACAAGAACCACCAGCAGCGCGUGCAACAGCAGCAACAAGAGGCACAACCAGCAACUCACAACACUGCAACCAAGGAGCUUAAGUACAAAACACCACAGCAACAUUGCAAGCGAGCAGCACAAUAGCCAGCAACAGGAGCCAGCAUCGAAGGACGAGGAUGUAGCCACCCAAGGUAGAAGCAAUGACCAGCAGCCGCAUCUGCAACAGCUAGACAGCAGCAACAUGUUGUCGCCAAAGACAGCCGCAGCAACUGCUGCCGGCGAUGAAGCAACAACCCAACAACCAACAAACAUAAGACUGUGUGCACGCAAGCGACAACGAUUGCGUCGCCGACGAAAAAGAAAACCAGCAACCCCAAACGAAGCAGAUAUCAAGAAACAACAGCAACUUAGCAUGCCUCCCUUCAAAACGCGCAAAUCCACGGACACCUACAGCACACCAGCAGCAACAACCAGCUGUCCGACAGCCACCUACAUGCAAUGUCGAGCCAGCGACAAUGAGUUCAGCAUUCCGAUAUCGAGUCAUGAUAGAGUUUCCACGGCCACAUUCGCCUGGGUGUUGCAGGUGCUGCUCGUGUCGCUGCAACAGUGGCAACUUCACGUGCAACAGCGAUCGGUGCUACUGUGCAGAAGGAUCGCAGCGAGCAUCACCGCCUUCAUUUCCUAUUUAGGCAGCUUUGCGGCGCAACUGAGGAGCAGCAGCAGCAACAGCAGCAGCAGCAACAACAACGGCAACAGCAGCCACAGCAGCAGCACGCAAAUUAUAAACGGACUUAAUAAACACUCAUGGAUAUUUUUAUUGAUAUAUUUGAAUUUAUCUGCUAAAGUUUGCCUAGCAGGAUAUCAUGAAAAGAGACUGUUACACGAUCUUUUGGAUCCUUAUAAUACACUAGAACGUCCCGUUCUCAAUGAAUCGGACCCGUUACAAUUAAGCUUUGGUUUAACUUUAAUGCAAAUUAUCGAUGUGGACGAGAAAAAUCAAUUGCUAGUCACUAAUGUGUGGUUGAAACUGGAGUGGAACGAUAUGAAUCUCCGCUGGAACACCUCCGACUAUGGCGGAGUGAAGGAUCUGCGAAUCCCGCCGCAUCGCAUCUGGAAGCCGGACGUGCUGAUGUACAACAGUGCGGAUGAGGGAUUUGACGGCACCUACCAGACGAACGUGGUGGUGCGGAACAACGGCUCGUGCCUGUACGUGCCGCCGGGGAUCUUCAAGUCGACGUGCAAGAUCGACAUCACGUGGUUCCCCUUCGACGACCAGCGGUGCGAGAUGAAGUUCGGCAGUUGGACCUACGACGGAUUCCAGCUGGAUUUACAAUUACAAGAUGAAACUGGCGGUGAUAUCAGCAGUUACGUGCUCAACGGCGAGUGGGAACUACUGGGUGUGCCCGGCAAACGUAACGAGAUCUAUUACAACUGCUGCCCGGAACCCUAUAUAGACAUCACCUUCGCCAUCAUCAUCCGCCGCCGAACUCUGUACUAUUUCUUCAACCUGAUCAUACCUUGUGUACUGAUUGCCUCCAUGGCCCUGCUCGGAUUCACCCUGCCGCCGGAUUCGGGUGAAAAAUUAUCACUGGGUGUUACCAUCUUGCUCUCGCUGACCGUGUUUCUGAAUAUGGUUGCCGAGACAAUGCCGGCUACUUCCGAUGCGGUGCCAUUGCUGGGUACAUAUUUCAAUUGCAUAAUGUUUAUGGUAGCUUCAUCCGUUGUGUCAACGAUUUUAAUAUUAAAUUAUCAUCAUCGAAAUGCUGAUACGCACGAAAUGUCCGAAUGGAUACGCAUCGUGUUUUUGUGCUGGCUGCCAUGGAUACUGCGAAUGAGUCGCCCAGGACGACCGCUGAUCCUGGAGUUCCCGACCACGCCCUGUUCGGACACAUCCUCCGAGCGGAAGCACCAGAUACUCUCCGACGUUGAGCUGAAAGAGCGCUCGUCGAAAUCGCUGCUGGCCAACGUACUAGACAUCGAUGAUGACUUCCGGCACAAUUGUCGCCCCAUGACGCCCGGCGGAACACUGCCACACAACCCGGCUUUCUAUCGCACGGUUUAUGGACAAGGCGACGAUGGCAGCAUUGGGCCAAUUGGCAGCACCCGAAUGCCGGAUGCGGUCACCCAUCAUACGUGCAUCAAAUCAUCAACUGAAUAUGAAUUAGGUUUAAUCUUAAAGGAAAUCCGCUUUAUAACUGAUCAGCUACGUAAAGAUGACGAGUGCAAUGACAUUGCCAAUGAUUGGAAAUUUGCAGCUAUGGUCGUUGACAGACUGUGCCUUAUCAUAUUCACAAUGUUCACAAUAUUAGCCACAAUAGCUGUACUACUAUCAGCACCACAUAUUAUUGUCUCGUAGCCAUAUGGGCGAGGUGGUUAUUGUUAUUGGUUUUAUUAUAAAAUCAA